UCUCUGUAGGGCAGAGUUAAAAAUGGAGGACGACGGAGCUCUGUCAAAGCCAGGGGCGGUGCUGGCGUGCGCCGCCAUGGCUUCAUUCUACGUCGGGAUACUCUACGCACCGACUUUGAUUCUUCGACUUCCUCCUCCUUCUUCCCACACUAACUUUUUGAUCCGACGGUUCGUAUGCGCCGGAGUCUCCUCCGUCGUCUCCGUCGUUGUUUCUUCUCUGCUCCUCCCCAUUAAAAGCGGCCAAGUGUGGCAUUUGUUAGGUGUAUACGGCAUCCGGAUUGAUCACAUUUGGCAAGCCGUUGUUUUUCCUCUAGCAUUGACUGCUCUAAUGUAUGCCGGAUCCUUGACAUUCAUGUCUCUGUUGUUGAUGAAUUCGUUGAGGGAAGAUGUGAAUUGUAGUGGAGGCUUUUCGUUUGACUUUUUCAAAAGCAUCUCAAUGGAGGCUGUUUCCUCUUUGCGUUCAAUUGCUUGCAGUGUUAAGCAUUGGCGUAAUUAUGUUGUGGCUCCAGUUACCGAAGAGUUGGUGUUUAGAGCAUGCAUGAUACCAUUGCUUCUGUGCGCAGGAUUCCAGAUAAACACAAUCAUAUUUUUAUGCCCUAUAUUCUUCAGUUUGGCUCAUUUGAACCAUCUAAUGGAUGUCUAUAACAAGCAACAGAAUAACUGGACCAGAGCCUUCAUGAUUAUAGGUCUUCAGCUUGGAUAUACUGUGGUCUUCGGCUCAUAUGCAUCUUUUCUCUUCAUUCGAACUGGACAUUUUCUUGCUCCCGUUGUUGCUCACAUGUUUUGCAAUAUCAUGGGAUUGCCAGUGCUAGUUUCACCUGGGAAAGGGAUAAUAAGUGUGGCAUUUAUAGCUGGAGUGCUGGGGUUCCUGUGGUUACUAUUUCCUAUUACAAACUCAGGUUUGUACAAUGAUAGAACAGAUAAUUGUAGUUGUUGGCAGGGAUAUUGUUCUGGGAAUUAAGCCAUAGAAUUCUCAGAAUGAUAACUGAAAAGAUCUGCCGAGGAGGCUUCUCAAGUGUCAUCAGCAGCAUGUGCCAUACUAACAUAGUUCCUCAAAACAGAGCCACCAGUUGAUCUAGGGUUGUUUAGUAUCUAUCAACCAUACAUGCAGGAAUUUGUAAAGCUUAUUCUUAUAAUAAACUUGUGUUGCCUUGGGUAAAUCUAGCUAGGCCAUCUAACUGAGCUCUUCACACAUACUACAUCUCCCUUUGCUAAAUUCACUUCUAUCAACUAAGUGGUAUAGAUUUUGGUAUAGUGCAAGUUUCUUGUUGGAAGCCUAUAGGCAAUGGGAUAGUCCAUGAGUGGCCACCCUUUGAAAACUUGAAGUUUUUGAUCAAUAAUGGGAUCAAAUAUCAUUCGAUUGAGAUUUUACUUUGAUACUA